ACAAUGAACUCUCAAACACAUUCAAAACACCAAGAAAUAGUUAAAAAAAAAUUUUAUUCUCAAGUGUUUCAAAAUGUCACUUAUACAAUGCAUAAAUGUCCAUUGCUAUACGAUUUAUAUUUGAAUUGGUGCCAAUUGUCUUUAAAAGGAAAAAUAUUUUUAACUUACAUAUCUCGCUAUGUAUUAGAUACAGAACAAUAUGAUUUAUACACACCCAUUAUAGGGGGCUUAAAUUAUUGGACUGAUGCUAUAUACUCAAAAGAAGACUGUGGAGCUAGAUAUUUGGAUUUCGAAUUCGAUGUAGAGCUUGAAGAACGAAUAUUUCAGACAACUGAAGUAAUUGACAAGGUGGUAACAAAUUUGCUUUUGAGACCAAUAUUGUGCAAAGAAAUUCAGAGCCUCCAUUUUCAUAAUAAUUUAGAUAAUAAUGAUUUCAUGGGACAAGGAGAUGGACAUCUACAAAUUUGAUUUUUUUUACCCUUGAAUAUAUUCUAUAUAUUAUAGUUUUUAUAAAUUUUAGUUGCAUAAA